GGUGACAACGCCACCCCCGCUGACCCCGCGCUGUCCCCGCAGGAGACGGACCAGCUGGAGGAGGAGAAGGCGGAGCUGGAAUCCGAGAUCGCCGAGCUGCGCAAGGAGAAGGAGCGCCUGGAAUUCGUGCUGGUGGCCCACGCGCCCGCCUGCAAGGUCCCCUUCGAGGACAUCGGUGCCACCGUGGGUGCCGCCGGCCCGGCCGAGGUGAGCAGCAGCCCGGGCAAGGCGGGGACCGUCGCUUUCCUGCCCCCGGCGCCGUUCCAGGGUCCGCAGGGUCCCUUCCCCGGCUGCUGCCUCCAGCCCGGGGUCCCGGCGGGACCCCCUAACGCCACCCCCGCGUUUGUGUUCACCCACCCAGAGGGAGCCACGUGUGGAGCCUCGCACCAGCGGAGCAGCAGCAGCGACCAGUCCUCGGACUCCUUGAAUUCUCCCUCGCUCCUCGCGUUGUGAACGGGGUCCCCUCUGCCCCCCAAAAAGUGCCCCCCCAAUGUCGCUCCGAGCCCCCCAAAAAUCGGGCACCUCCUCCCUGCCCCCGCCGCUGCGCCUCGGGGAUGGGCUUUGCCCGCCCCGCUUUUUGUUUUUUGGGUUUUGGUUUUUUUUUUCCGGCUCCGGUGGGGUUUUUUUGGGGAGGUUGGGAGGGGUUUUUUUGGGGUUUUGGCGCCUUGGAGGUGGUGGCCGUGAUGGGGCUCCAGCUGUUCCCGUGGCUGUUCGGAGGUGUCUGCUCCUGGUCCCCGUCGCUUCGUGGGGUUUCACUCAGCGUCUCCGUCCCUCUGGAGAUGUCCCUGCCUGACUCCCACUGCCAGGAGAAGGUCCUGUGUCACCUCAGAGGUGUCCAUCCCUGAUUUCAGAAAUUUUUCUGAUUUCUCCGUCCCUCUGGAGAUGUCUCUGCCCGAUUCCCACUGCCUGGAGAAGGUUCUGUGUCACCUCAGAGGUGUCUGUCCCUCAUUUCAGAAUUUUUUCUGAUUUCUCCACCCUUUUGGAGAUUUCUCUGCCCCAUCUCCAUCCUCCUGGGAAGGUUUUUUUUGUCCUCCCCGUCCCCUUUGGAGGUCCCCGUCCCCGAUCCUCGCCGUCCCAAGGGACUUUUGGCAGCGUCUCCGUCCCUUUGGCGACGUCCCCGUGUGAUUUCCGCCACCUGGACAAGGUCCCUGUGGUGUCACUGUCACUUUGGAGGUGUCUGUCCCCAAUCUGUGCCAUCUCC